AUAAAUGGCCUGGCCAGGGCGCUGUUGGGGCCACCUCUCACCCUGCCUUCCCAGCUCUCCCAGAGGAAUGUUCCUACAGAUGGGAGACGCAAGCCAAUAACGCCAGGGAGAAAGGAGCUUGCACGGGCAGUGUUUGGAGAAGAUUCUCGGGAGGUCAUCGGAAAUGGGUUUCUCUCUGAACUUCACGUUGCCGGCCAACAUGACGACCGCUCCUGUCACGGGUGGGAAAGAGGCCGACUGUGGGCCCUCUCUUGGAGUGGCUGCAGGCAUUCCAACCCUGGUGGCCACAGCCUUGCUGGUGGCUUUGCUAUUUACUUGGAUUCACCGAAGGAGAAGCAGCAUUGAGUCCAUGGAGGAAAGUGAGAGACCAUGUGAAAUUUCAGAAAUUGAUGACAAUCCCAAGAUAUCUGAGAAUCCUAGGAGAUCACCUACACAUGAGAGGAACACAAUGGGAGCACAAGAAGCCCACAUCUAUGUGAAAACCAUAGCAGGAAGCGAGGAACCUGUGCGCGAUCCUUACCGCCCUAUAGAAAUGGAGAGAAGGCGGGGAUUGUGGUGGCUUGUGCCCAGACUGAGCCUGGAAUGACACAACUCAGCCAAGGAGCAGUCUUGGAGCUGGAACAGGGCUGAAAACCCCGAGUUGUUCUUGGAGAGGAAACAUGCCAAGCUGCUUCUUAACCAAUCCAAAUUUCAUUUACAGAUCUGGAACACUUUGGGGUUGAUUUAUCUCUUUAGGAAAGAACUCCAACAAGGUUCGUUCCAACUCUCAGACCUAGUGGUUUAACACACUGUGACUCACCAGGUGAGUUCACUGUUCACCGUGUAUCCAGAUGGAGCCUUUAGGUCCUGUUCUUGACUCCAGUGGGAAUUAACUUUUCUUUGUGAAUUUGGGAAAGGGGCUUGGUUUCUGAGUGUCUCACCCUCUUGCCUCUUUUUCAUAUCUCAUUUCUCCAAAAAGCCCUCCGAUCUGACUUCCAUGGGCAUGUUGGCAAGUUCCGCCCGGUGCAAGUUGGGAUAGAAAUGAAGCUUACGGGGAAUAUGUGGGGGGAAGCAGCUACUUAUGUCUGAAUGGCUCAUGGCAGAGGUCACAUGGGGCCCCACAUUCCCUGACCACGAGGCAGCACCCAGCUCGAGCAUGUCAUACAGCAGGGGAGAGAACUUGGGCCCUUAAGUCAGACCUACCCCUGGGCAGCUGUGUGACUUUGCAGAAAUUGUUGAAACUCUCCAAGCCUAGUUUUUGCUUUUGUCAAAGAGGGGGGACUAUUCCUUGCCUCAUGUGUGUUUGAAAAGAUUAAAUAAGAAAUAAAGGGAAAUGCCUGCUACAUAGUGGGCACUCAAAAUGCUCA